AUGUCUGAUCACGUCUACCAAUUCAACGUCACCAUGUCCUGCGGAGGCUGUUCCGGUGCCGUCACACGCGCAUUAAACAAGGUUGAUGGUGUCAAGAAUGUUGACGCCAACCUUGAUACUCAGCUUGUUACUGUCACCACUGCACCAGCUCUCAGCUACGACUCCGUUCUGGCAACCAUUAAGAAGACUGGCAAGGCUGUUAACGAUGGCAAGGUCAUUGCUUAG